GGCUUGAUUCAAUCUGUAUUUCAUUUACGUUUGAGUUAUGUUAAACUGUCGAGCUACUAGCAACUAAUCGGAUUUUGAGAAGUCAAAUUUUCACCUUGUGCUUUUAUUGUAUCGGUAAAAUACACGUGAAAUAUGCAUCCACCGCCUGCUUGUUGCACUGUGGUUGGAAAUUGUAGUUCUUUUCCGUAAACGGAACUUCCCAACCAACGUCAUCAGUCAGUCAUGCAGUAGCUACUAGCAACACCCCGCAACACAAGUGGAAGCCUGGUAAUUCGAUAUAACAAGUUGAAAACAAGAUGUGAUCAAAAUGUAAACCUGGUCGUUAUUAGACGUCAUAGUUUGCGAUUUGUAUUAAUCUUGCUAAUUAGCGCCGCUUGUUGGACUCACUUCGUCCUCAUCGUGUAACGUUCUUAGUUUAAAUGAGUGAAGAAGUUCUCUCAGAUACAUCAACGAAUUAAGCUUUAAAAAAGCAUGGCGAAGGUGACGACAGAGGAGGACCUCGUUUCGGAGUACCUGACCCAGAACCGAGAGUUGGCCCAGUGGGUCGACACUUUAAGAGGCUACUGUGAAAACAACAAACAGUGGUUUGCUCGCAGAGAGUUCAUCCUUAAAAACAUGGACGCUUACCCUACAGUGAAACCAGGAGUCUCCAGUAACAGUCUGGAUAGGCUGCUGUCUCUCUCCAUGGUUUGGGCGAACCAUGUUUUCCUCGGCUGCAGCUAUCCAGAGGCUGUCAUGGACAAAAUUAAAGAGAUGGGUGAAGGAAUAGUUGUCCAAGAUCGUCCAGUUCAUAAAACUACACGCAAGGAAAAGUGCAGGACCCCAUUAGGAGCGCCCGAUGACAGCUGUGCUAAACGAGCCCGAUACGCUCCUAAUGAGACCUACGGACGACCGGGCGGAAAAACAUCCACGCGACCUAUGAGUCAGAAAUACGGGCCGGCCCAGCAGGCUCCUGCGGAGCACCAGCCUUUCUUCAACCGCCUCUACAAGGCCGUGGCCUGGAAGUUGGUAUCGGCGGGAGGGUUCGGCCCCAAUCUCGACCAUUUCGAAAUACUAUGUAGCUGCGUGGAGUCAUGUAAGCAGACCCUGACGUGCGUCUUUGUGCCGCUGAAGGACAUUGUUGGCCUGCCAGCGGCUCGCACGCAGAAGGAAGGCCACGUGUGCGAAAUUCGCUGUCAGACAGUCUACAUGGGCACAGGCUACGGGCGAGACGAGGCCGCCGCCCGAGCCAUGGCUUCCAAAGAGGCACUGAAAGUCUUCCAAGGCAGAAAAGUGACAGUAAAGAUCGCCAGACGACGGUACAAAGGGAGGGAAGUGGAGGAUUUGUUGUUGCUGGAUGAGCAGCCUCGGAGUCAGGGCUUCCCACCCGCGCUCAGCUACCCGUUUCAGGAUGAGUGUGCGGGAGAUGGUUCUUUCUAAACGGGACCAACUUGUAAUUUCGGACCUGCUGGAAUGGAGCGUCUACUGAAUGGAGCAAUGGAGAAAGACACAUUGGUUUGGGGACCACGAGCCGCGUGCACCUUCGCAUCUCACAUGGACCUGGAUGUCAAUUAGAAUUGCAUCAAGAGCCCGAAGUUUCGCAUUUCACAAGUUUUGUUCUGCACUUUUGAACUUUUGAACCAGGCCCGGUUCACCGGUUGAGAGCCUUCAUUUCUUUAAGUUACCUGGGAAAAUAACUUGCUUUCGCCUUUCUCACAGUAGCAGCAACUCAUAUUUAAAUUCAAAUCCAUUGUAAGGAUCAUACUAGUUUCUUUUUUUUCUGUUGAUGUUUGAUUUGUAUUUUUU